AAACUCCAAUUCACAAAAGCCUUUGACGUCAUAGGAAAUUCCGAUUGAAGACUACUCAGUGAAUUACGAGGUUAAAAGUGAAUGAAUAUAUGAAUGAAUAUACCGGCUACACUGUGCACAACAGGGUUUCGUCCGCCACUGAAAUAAGCUUUCACUCAAUUCGCAUACAAAUGCACGCAGACUAUAGCGAUAGCGGAUUUCCAGGCGGUUGUGGAGAUGGGUGUGGAGUUGAAGUGUAAACAAUCCUAAGGUCUCAUCUUGGAUUCAAGCUCUAGAGUUUUUAUCCAGGUUGCUGCAAGUGUAAGGAGGAAAUAAUAAAUGCACACAGUAAGUUAAUUCGCCAAGUAUGAUCAUAUUGCUGAGUGUGAAGAAUAGACCGAUCUUCAAAGGUAUUUCUGUCGACUUAUAAAAAGGGAAUGACAAAUCUCUGGACUUAAAAUACAAUUUAGUUGAGAAUCUUUCUUGUCAAUGGGACUUUCGGUUACAAUUAACUUCUGAGGAAAUGGAGAAUCCAAGCAACAUGGACAACUAUAUUAAUACACAAGAAGGCAUAGAUGUUGAUGGUUUUGACACUCCAAAGUCUCCAGAUUCCAGUUACAGUAAUUCUUUCCCUGGAAAUGAAGAUGAGGCAAAGGAGCCACCUACAGUUCCUCCACAUUUGCAUCACAGUUUGUUAAAUUCUGCUGCCAAUACAGAUGCAUCUGGUAGUUUGCCUCAUCCACAGAAUGUGAUAUUGAACCAUCUUUAUAUUGGAAAUGCAGAAAAUACCCGUUCGGUGGUAGCACUUGGGUUUACACAUCGGUUCCGUUCAAAGUUUGUGACUGUUGUACUUUAUAAACCUAUUCGCAGGCGAGGCAUGUAAAAUUUUUGCACUGUUUUUGAUUAACUAAUUUGUUUGCAGGGUAAAGCUGUUCGUUUGUUCUCAAGACAAGAACUGCAUCUUCUGUAUGUCAGCGUUGCAACUUGUGUAUGUCAGAGUUCUCUGAGUGAGAAUAAUAUGUUUGUCUUGUAUGUCAGAAUAUUAAUUUAUUGAAAACACAAUGCUUAAAAUAUCAGGAUAACCAAAAAUCCACAAACAUGCAUGCAAGAUAAUUUUCUUGAGAAAAAUUUGUGGUUUUAAAAUAUGCCUUGGGAACAAGAUUGUGUUUACACAAUUUUUAGUUAUGAUUGCUUUUGUUUGUCGAUUUAAUGCUUUACAGUAGUCUAAAUGUAAGUUCUGGAUAAAAGGCCAAGUUUUAUGAUUA